AUGUCCAAGGACUCAGCGGCCUCCUGGUCCAAGUGCAUGUCCAAGCGCACCCCGUUCCCGUUCCCCACUUGGGCUCUGUUCGUCACCGAGUUCAAGCUCCGAUUCGUCGAGGAGAACGAGCAAGACCACGCCUUGGCGCGACUAGAAACCCAUCAGUAUUAUAUGGGCUCCCGUGACGUAUUCAAGUACACGGACGAGUACGACGACCUCCUUGACCUCGCUGGUUAUACCGACAACUUGGUCAAGGUAACCAAAUAUAGGACGGGCUUGGACCCAAGGAUCAACUAA